AUGGAUGCCAGCAUCAUCCUUCGCAAAUACAUCCUCACGGAAGCUCUUCUUCACAUUGAGAUCUUUACCGAGCCCUUCGAUCCGAUCCUGUGGAAAGCAUGGGCAGUCCGGAUGCACGUCCUGCUGGUCUUUAUGGUCCAAGCCCAGUCUGAAGCAGCCAGCGUGGGGAUCAUCCUACCCCUUCUGCACGAUAUUCCUGUCCUCGCCCAAGUGGAAAUACACCUUGCAACAGCUCACACUAUGGAAGGCAGUCGUCGGAUGAUCCCUCGGAUUGCCGACCACCUUCCUGCGGUCAUUCCUCAUGGUUUGACUGCCCGCAUUCUGUACGAUGACCCCACUGUCCGCGAGGACUUUGGUUUGGGCCACCCACCAGAUGGUCUCCCUGACAUUGGAACCUUGCACCUUCAGGUUGAGACAUUGCACGAUGCAGCCUGCGGACUGUACUAUGUCAUGCUCAGAAUCAUCGGUAGAUGCGAGUUGGCAGAUGGUACUUUGAGAGGGUUGCAGAUAGGGAUGGACACGGGUCACACCAGUGACACCACACUCGCCACCCGCAACACCGACCCUUGUGCGGGUAAGGGUUUAGACCCACGGGCAUACACCGGCGGGUUGUCCAAGUCACCGCGGGUUUCAUUACCGCGGGCUGCACCACGGGUCCAACACUAG